AUGGCCACCCGCUUCUUCGCCAGCGCCUCCAAGAUCUACGAGUACGUCUCCUCUCCGAGGAGCCCUGGCUCUCCCGCUGGCGCCGAGAGCCCGGUGGCAAAGGUGCCGAACGCCAAAUCGCCAAUGCGCGCCCGCGAGGUCAAGCAAACCGUGCGAGUGCGGCAAAGCCGUGCAGGGAAUGGAGAUCUCCCCAACUUGUUGGGCAAGCGUCGCCCAGUGACCACCGCCGUGGAGACACACCCCUGCGAUGAUGCCCUGGCCUGCGCCAUCGCCGCCCGCCAAGCCUUCCUCGAGUCUCAGCAGCGGCGCGCCGGCCGCGCCAUGGGUGGCCGCUUCGUGAUGUGA